AUCUGUCAUCACGAACGUCGCCAUUAGGGAAGCGCAAAAACACAAGCUCUCCAAAUAGAAAGAUAAUACGCCUUGUUAACAGAGGCUAAUUUUACGAUAAGCGGAAAAACGAACCAAGCACAUCAUGUCGAGUACAUCGCAGAAACACAGAAACUUCGUCGCGGAACCGAUGGGAGAAAAGCCCGUCACAGACCUAGCGGGCGUGGGCGACGUGCUGGGGAAACGACUCGAAGCAGCUGGCUUCGACCGAGCGUACACGGUCCUUGGCCAGUAUCUGAUUUUGAAAAAGGACGCCGAGUUGUUCAAGGAGUGGAUGAAGGACACCUGUGCAGCGAACUCGAAGCAGGCCGCUGAUUGUUACCAAUGCCUGAGCGAUUGGUGCGACGAAUUCCUGUAAAUAAUGUGCUGUUGGGGUUGUACUAGCAUUUUAAGAGUGGACAUCGUACCACGACAAGAUUCCGAAGAGGUUUAGCAUUAUGCGUGACAAUGUACCGAUGAGCGCUUCCACGGGUUUGGAUCCGUGCGUGAGCGCAAGUUUUUCAUCCAAGUUCAUCGUGUUUGACGAAUAGAACAAAUUACUGCAAUUUUAAUAUUUACUUUAUAAAAUCUCAUAUAAUCUA